AUGACAACAACAGCAACAAUAACAUUGACAGCAAGAGUAGUAACAAUGACAGCAACAAUAAUAUCAACAGUAACAAUAACAAUGAUAGCAAUAAAAAUAACAACAACAACAACAAUAACAAUAAAAGCAACAAGAGAGAAAAACACAACAAAUAACAAAAUUUUUUUAUUUGCCUUUAUACCGAAAUUUAUUAAUCAUUUUGUUAUUUGUAUUUUCACUUUUAAAAUGAAACAAGGAAAACUGAGUAAAAUUCAGCAGUUUAAAUUUCAAAAAAUAUUUCGGCAAAAUGAAUUGUCAUUGAAAUUUCAACCAUAUUACGCCAAAUAG